GUAUCCAACAGAAACGUAUGCGCUCAUGGUGACAAGAAUUGGAACUGCAUGAUGGUGAGUCAUUUGACAAAUUCGAUACGUUUUUUUCCAAUACAGCCACAUUUUAAUUCGAUUGCGAUUUGAAAAGAUUUAUAUCUGUUACAACUAUGAACGAAACAGAUCUAGAACCGGUCGCAGAAGAUAUCGUCAUUCGACUUGAGGAUGUGCUGGAGUAUGUUGGUGAUUCUGUUAGACCGAUAAGGGAAGGCCUAGCGGUGUUAAGUGCUAACCAUAUUGUAUGCAUAGGUUACACCAGCAGAUCUGGUAUGUAUAUCCAUGCCAAAGGAUAUGUUUUACAAAGCUCUCAUCCUGGAGGGAUCCCACACGAAGUGUCACUCAAAAUUUGUCAAAAUCACCAGUUUUGGGACCUGAAUUGCUCUUGUAAGGCUGGUACAAGACGGUGUAAACAUAUCGUGGCGUGUUUGUUGCGAAUCAACCAAUGCAACAGACUCGAAAAAAUUUCCUGCACGGAUUCUGCCCAGGCUUGGGGAUAUUCAAAAAUUGAAAAAACAAGUCUUUGGGGUGCAAAACUGAUUCAAGACUUAUGUUGUGUGAGGCAACGUAAACCCAACAUUUGCGUUGACGUUGGAACGAAGGAGCAACUACUUUCAGAAUCUUUUCGAAAGAUUAUCGCUGUAUCAUCUCAAUCCGCAAUUGCUAAGCAUAUGGUUGGACGUCACGAAAACAUUAUUCAAUUUCGUACUGGUAUAAGCUCUAUUGCUCAUGUACAUACGGACAUUUAUUGUACAGAGCAGGAGUUGCAGUCUGUUCUUUUCAGUGGAAAUGAUGUGACAGAACUUGCUAAAACUCACUUCAUUGAUAAUUCACACCAGGUUUUCUACGAAAAAUUUGUAUGUGUUACGCAGCAGCAGACUAAUAAGACUAAACCAUAA